AUGGCUGCCACUGAGAACACCUUCGACUACAUAAUAGUCGGCGGCGGCAUUGCCGGCGGCACGCUAGCCUCACUUCUGUCGAAAUCGAAAUCAUCACCUUCUGUGUUGUUGAUUGAAGCUGGCUCUGACGUAUCGAGUCACCCCCUAACCCAGGCUCCCUUGGCUUGCUUCGCAGCACACGGAUCGGACAUUGACUGGAAUUACAAGACCGUGUCUCAACCUCACCUCAACGGCCGGUCCCUAUACGAAGCAGGUGGGAAAGCUCUGGGUGGCGGCAGCGCAACCAACUAUGCAACUUGGACUCGUGGGCCGAAGUUUGAUUUCGACCGCUGGGGUAAGCUUGUGGGAGACGCAAGAUGGAGUUAUGAUGGUCUCUUGCCAUAUUUCGAGAGGACUGAAAAGGACUAUAUUUCAACUGUGGCGGUGUCGAAGAGCAGCCCUAACCGCAAGUAUCCCCUGAGGGACCGAGUCUUGAAGGCAUGGCUUGACCUCGGUCUGCACAAAAUCGAGAAUGCCAACAGCGGUGACCCUCUGGGUGUCGGCGAAUUGGUCGAGAGCUGGAAGGAUGGAAAAAGGCAACUUACGAGUGAAGUGUUUGACUUGAGGGAUGUCAAAGUCUUGACUGAAGCCGUGGCGCAAAAGGUACUUCUCGAAGAGCGACACGGAAAGCUUACCGCCACGGGUGUACAACUUCACGACGGGAGGAAGUUUCUGGCAUCAAAAGAGGUCAUUAUCUCGGCAGGGGCAUUCCGCACGCCACAGCUCCUCAUGCUUAGUGGGAUCGGUCCAGCUGCAGAGUUGAGGAAAGCGAACGUCCCGAUACAACUCGACUUGCCUGGGGUUGGCCAGAACUUCCACGAUCACCUCCUUAUCGGCUUUGCUUUUCGACUCAAAGACCCUUCGUUGGGACUUGCCAUGGGAGGGGCAGCCGGACCUUGGGCUGACCCAGCGUACCAAUUAGGUCUUGCUGCGGACUGGGUUGUAACUGACAACGUUCCAAGGUCUUUCUUAGAGGAGGCAUUGAAGAAAGAUUUGGCCAGCGGUCCAUCUCAAGGUGAAAACGGAUAUGCCGCAUCCCUUCUCGAUUCUCGGGCAGCGCACCUUGAAUCAAUCAUGAUAUAUGUCCCGGGUGGGCCACCGAUCACCAACAUGCAUGUUCCGUUCGACGGAACACACAUUGGCGCCGUGGUUGGAGUCAUGUCUCCGACUUCUCGUGGCAGAAUCAGCAUAUCUUCCACCUCAGCAUUGGACUCGCCGGUCAUUGAUCCCAACUAUAAUGCAACAAAUGUCGAUCGCACUCUUUGGCGUUAUGGGAUUCGUCGCCUACUCAAAGCCGUGCACAACUCCCUGUCAGACGUGAUCGAGUCCGACAAUCCUCCGCCUGACUUCGAACCUUUGACAGUCGAGUCUUCCGAUUCAGCAAUUGACGAUCGGGUACGAUCCGAAGCUCGGACUUUCUUCCACGCAGCGGGAACAGCCAGUAUGGGUUCUGUCGUGGAUACUGAGCUGCGAGUCAAAGGCAUCGCUAGGUUGCGAGUUGUGGAUGCAAGCGUAAUGCCACUACCGAUUGGCGGGCACCUCCAGGCCGCGACCUAUGCCAUUGCUGCUCAAGCCGCGGAUCUGAUCACGCAGAAAGUGAUGAGUAGGGAAGAUUGGUUGGCGACGAGUUUAGAGUAG